AUGUUCAACUACGCUCGCGACAAUCAACCCUGCAUUAUUUUUAUGGACGAAAUCGACGCUAUCGGUAGCAGACAUCUUUCAGAAGAAAUCUCUGCUGAUUGUGGAAUCCAAAGUACUCUGAUGGAAUUGCUCAAUCAAAUGGACGACUUCGACACGCUCGGAAAGGUGAAAAUGAUCAUGGCGACGAACAGACCUGACACGCUGGAUCCUGCACUUUUGCGACCCGGUUGUUUGGACAAAAAGAUCGAAAUCCCACUGCUAAAUGAGCAAGCUCGACUUGACAUUUUGAAGAUUCACUCGCGUCCACUCGCUACUCACGGAGGAAUUGACUUCGAGGCGGUUGCCAAGCACUCGGAUACAUUUAAUGGAGCUGAUUUGCGAAACAUUUGUACAGAAGCAGACAGUUUUGUAAUGGUGAAAUUGUUGGCCGAUCUCAAAGUAGGAGAAAUUCGUAAAGAGCUUGCUUCGGUGCAAGAAAGUACGAGGGGCAAGAAAGCUGAGCUUCUCCAAAGAUUAUCCGACUUUUUGACAAGCAAUGACUUUAAUCCCGAUACCUACGAUUUUGCUACUCAUUCUCUGAUGCCGGUAUCUGACGGCGAAGGAGAACUUCACAUUGUCGAAAAUGAGCAAGAAUCCUCUGCCACGGACGCAGAAGACCAUGAAGUCCAAGAAAUUCACGAUGGAACCUUGAGAGUGACAGUUUUCGAGUCGAAGGAUGAAGCUGACAGCCAAUGUGAUAAUCUCCAAAAUGGGGUUAAAUUCGUGCACAAGCCCCAUCGGUCGUUUCUACGACUUAUGCAAUCCAAGGGGGUCCCCAAACGCGGGAAAGAUUGGCGAUCAUGGGAAACGUCGGCUAUCGGGGUCAUUCUACAGCCAAUUUUUGGGUUGGAUGGUUUUGGCGAUUACGACUUUGCAGUUGUGGAGGAAAUAAAAAAAACUCGAACUGGGCUAGAGUUUAGACAUUGCAUAGAGAGAUUAGACUUGUUCUAUUCUCUAAACAUAACACCAGAUGAGAAUGGGGCUGUCUUAGGUGAUGAGUACAUACACACCAUCGACAAACUUCUCUGUGCAGAAAAGAAGCGAUUUUGUCUUCCCCAGCGCCACGAACUUACUUCAUUUAUUUAUACACCAAAAAGCAAAUGGAAGAGAAAAGAAAAAAAACAAGUUAAAUUGCACAUCUCGCCUGAUAACUACCCCAUCCUCGAAUGGAAACAUUUCCAGUCCAUCGCCGAAUGUUUCAUCACCAAAAAACAUCGGUACUACAAACUUUACAUGAAAGAACGAAGCAAAAUGACGAAUGGAGUUUUCCGGAAACAUAUACGACAAUCAGCAAGUGAUUUUCAUGCCCGAUAUGGUGAUAUAACAGCAAGAUCCCAUCUUGUGCAAAUUGAUCAUAUUGAUGAUUUUGAAAAUGCGACUCGAAUCGCCCAAGAGGGCGCGAUAGCUGAGGGAGAUGGAGAUAUCAGCCUUGCAAUCGAAAAAUACGCCGAAGCAAUCGCCUUGGAUCCGACGAACAAGGUCUACUUCGGUUAUCGAUCGGACGCGCUCCUCCAACAAGAGCAGUUCCCCGAAGCUCUUAGUGACGCGGUGAAAGCAAUUGAACUUGAGCCCACAUGGCCAAAAGGCUACGCCUUGAAAGGGCAGAUUUUGAUGGCAACAAAGAAAUUUGAGGAGGCAAAAGUCGAGUUCGGAAUGAUGAAAAAGUUCGAUGAAUCUCCUGACGAAGCUAUCGAAUGGUUAAAUAUCUGCCAGCAAGAAGAGGAAAAGGAAUGUGCUCAUCGUGAACGAACUGAAGAAAGCGUCAAUCAAGCUACGUUGGAAAGAAAGCAAAAGGAGCAAGAGAUCGCUUCGGCAGAAGAUGAACAGCCUGCGCUCGAAGUAAAACGAAACGAGUAUCGAGAAAAAACUGGUGUCGUCUUGGAGAAAGUCAGCAAAAAGCCUGUUCGGCGCAGAAAGCGUUUGUUGAGCAGUGACGAGGAAGACGCAGCGGCUAGUUCAAGCGAUGAGAAGAAGAAGAAACAACGAGACUCGGAUGAAGAGACACCUGUUCUAUCGCCUUUCAAUCCCAAGCACAAUAAUACAGAAGUCACUGAAGACGAUUCGUCUUCCGAUGAUGAUUCCAACGCAGAGGCCGAUGUACAACAGCAAGCGAUGCUUUCGUCGAUCAGUGGUGAAGAAGCCGGACCACCAAAGCCACAGAAAGACACUUUGGUUAGUUCAAACGAUGGAGCAUCUACUGAUAUUGCGGCUCCAACGCCGGUGGUCGCUGCUUUGGAUGAUCAGAAGAUCGCUGAAAUGCGUGCCAAGAUCUGGGAGUCGAACGAAAAGCUCAAAUUGCUGGGCGCUAGAAUCCAGAAGUUCGAUAAUAAGAGCGUUAACAGGAUGAGGUUUCGCUCUAUGAUCGACUUCUUGCGUCUAGCUUACGAUCAAAUGUCGAAAAAGCUUCAUCAUCUCGUCGAAACCGCCGGCAAGGAAGGGCUUGCACCCUUGGAAAUGGAAGUCGCAAGUUUGGGAAAAUCGCUGGAGCAGUUGUCUAGCGAUAUUUUUGACGAAGAGAUGCACUGGCACAAUCAGCAGCAUGAAUUGGACAGAAUCAACCAAGAAAAACGGCAGCCACAUCAGCCAGCGAUCGCAACUCCUCAUCAACACAGUCAACUGUCAAAUAUGCCGUCACAGCAUUUUCAACCUCCUCCUCAAAUGAGCUUCAACCAGCGAUUUACUCCCCAAAAUAAUUUUGGCCCCCCUCAGCAGAUUCCUCCUCAUCAUCAGAUUCCUCCUCAUCAGCAGAUUCGUCCUCAUCAUCAGAUUCCUCAUCACAGACAGUUCAUGCAACCACUUGGCAACAGCCAGAUGAAUUUGCCACGCCGUGGACCAGUGGCGAAAAAUGGAUGCAAACCAGCGCAAUCCACAAAAAGAAAAAGAACAAAGAAUUAA